GUUCACUCCCAUUGCUCUUGGCUUUAGCUCUGAUUUGUUUUCCUUCCUUAGAAGACGUCUGGUCUUGGAGCUGAAGUACUGCUGCUGUUGCUGCCUGACUGGAAGUGGCCGAGGCCGGGUGGUGGCCGAGUGACUGCCGAGUGUACAGGCCUCGCGCUGUCUCCCUGGCACCAUGAAUGCCAUUGUCGCGCUCUGCCACUUCUGCGAGCUCCAUGGGCCCCGCACGCUCUUCUGCACGGAGGUCCUGCACGCACCACUCCCGCAGGGCGCUGGGAGCGGGGACAGCCCUGGCCGAGCCGAGCAGGCCGAGGAGGAGGAGGGCGGCAUCCAGAUGAGCAGUCGGAUCCGUGCCCACAGCCCCGCCGAGGGGGCCAGCGCCGAGUCCAGCAGCCCAGGACCCAAAAAGUCGGACAUGUGCGAGGGCUGCCGGUCACUUGCCGCAGGGCACCCUGGGUACAUCAGCCAUGAUCAGGAGACCUCGAUUAAAUACGUCAGCCACCAGCACCCCAACCAUCCCCAGCUCUUCAGCAUUGUCCGCCAGGCCUGCGUGCGGAGCCUGAGCUGCGAGGUCUGCCCCGGCCGCGAGGGCCCCAUCUUCUUCGGGGACGAGCAGCAUGGCUUUGUGUUCAGCCACACCUUCUUCAUCAAAGACAGCCUGGCCAGGGGCUUCCAGCGCUGGUACAGCAUCAUCGCCAUCAUGAUGGACCGCAUUUACCUCAUCAACUCCUGGCCCUUCCUGCUUGGGAAGAUCCGAGGCAUCAUCGAUGAGCUCCAGGACAAGGCUCUCAAGGUGUUUGAAGCGGAGCAGUUUGGAUGCCCACAGCGCGCGCAGAGGAUGAACACGGCCUUCACGCCGUUCCUGCACCAGAGGAACGGGAACGCUGCCCGCUCACUGACGUCCUUGACCAACGACGACAGUCUGUGGGCGUGCCUUCACACCUCCUUCGCUUGGCUUCUGAAAGCGUGCGGCAGCCGGCUGACCGAGAAGCUCCUGGAAGGCGCGCCCACCGAGGACACCUUGGUCCAGAUGGAACAGCUUGCGGACUUAGAAGAGGAGUCAGAAGGCUGGGACAACUCCGAGGCUGAAGAGGAGGAAAAAGCCCCUGUCCUGCCGGAGGGUGCAGGAGGGCGGGAGCUGUCCGAAGGCCCAGCAGACCCUUCCUCGCUCUCAGACUGUGGAAACUGGCAGCCCCGAAAGCCAUCUGUCUUUAAGUCCCUUCGGCACAUGAGGCAGGUCCUGGGCGCGCCCUCGUUUCGCACGUUGGCCUGGCACGUCCUCAUGGGGAACCAGGUGAUCUGGAAGAGCAGAGACGCAGACCUCGUCCAUUCAGCUUUUGAAGUUCUUCGGACCAUGCUGCCAGUGGGCUGUGUCCGCGUCAUACCCUACAGCAGCCAAUACGAGGAGGCCUAUCGCUGCAACUUCCUAGGGCUCAGCCCGCACGUGCACAUUCCCUCCCACGUGCUGUCCUCAGAGUUUGCGGUCGUCGUGGAGGCCCGGCCAGCGACCCGCUCUGGCCCGCAGCCAGCGGGCCGCGAGGACGCCCAGUCUCUCAGCAAGCACGAGUUCGUGGUGACCAGCGGGAGUCCUGUCGCUGCGGACCGAGUUGGCCCCACCAUCCUGAAUAAAAUGGAAGCUGCUUUGACCAACCAGAACCUGUCCGUGGACGUGGUAGACCAGUGCCUGGUCUGCCUGAAGGAGGAGUGGAUGAACAAAGUGAAGGUCCUUUUCAAAUUCACCAAGGUGGAUAGUCGACCCAAAGAGGACACGCAGAAGCUCCUGAGUAUCCUGGGAGCAUCCGAGGAGGACAAUGUCAAGCUGCUCAAAUUCUGGAUGACAGGCCUGAGCAAAACCUACAAGUCGCACCUCAUGUCCACGGUCCGAAGCCCCACGGCCUCUGAGCCUCGUACUUGACCCCGCCGUGGGAGGCUGUGUCUGCCUGCCGGGAAGCGGUGGAGGCCGUCCUCGCCGCCCGGCUCUGAGACAGGCCUCUGAUGGCACUCCCUGGCUGCCCUCCCGUUUCCCAUCUGCUGGCGUGGAGCUCUUUCCUAAUGAGAAACGGAAAGUGUUAGGUCUUGACCUUUGCCCUCUGUGUGGGCUGUGGGCCUGGCGUGCUCCUUGGCACUGUCCUGCAAACUGAGUGGCUCCAGCCCUGACGGGGGCAGUGGGAGACUUCAAGCUCGAGGCCCUGCAUUUGUGCAGCGCUGUGGGAGGAGGAGGUAAAGAGAGCGUCUCGCACCUCUUGUGGACGCAGAGCUCAGAAUUUCUAGGGAGAACGUGUCAGGCCAGCCCCGACUUGGGCGUCUUAGCCGCCCUGUCAUGUUGUCUCUUGAGGUUAGGGUUUGAGCCUUUCUGUUCUGAAACGCAGUGAAUUUCCAGGCUUUAUGUGUUCGUGAGUUUGGCUGCAGUUGUGAGUUUUCAGGAAGCGUGCUGAUCUGCAAUCGUCGUCAGAACCCUGGGUUUGAGUUGAGGUGUAGGGAGAGGCUUUCAGGGCGGAGUGGGUGCUCCCUUUGUCUCUGGAUCCCUUGGAGGGCGUGUUCUGAAGUGUCUGGCGACGCUGUCCUGGCUGCUUUGAAGUCUCCCCGUAUGUUGAAGAUGCCCCUGGUGUUUUUUACCCAGAGAUGCUACUUUGCUGAAAUACUCGAUGGGGCCCUGGGACUGGCCUCGCUCGCUGUGGGGUUGAGAAGCCCGUCAGCGUUCUAUUCCAGACCGCUUUGCCCUUUAUUGCUCCUUGAAAUGUCUGCGUUUGGCUGCAGUUGCUUUUCAGAGUGUGAUCCUGUAGGGCGGCUCUGUGGUCCUCGUGCACGUUUCUGAUGAGGAUUUGUGGUCUGGGGGGAUUUUCCAGUGACUUUGCUGAUUUGUUUGUAGUUUUUCAUGUUUAAUUUAAUGACGAGCUGUCUGUAUCAUGCAAGAACAUUGGAAUAACAUAUAUUUUUAUAAGCUGUUGA